AUGCGAAUUCGAAUUACAUGGUUAUCGCUCAGUCCCACCCAUCAUGCAGUUUUACUAGUGUAUGACAUUACAAAUCAUAACAGCUUUGAGAAUCUUCAGGAUUGGUUGGGGGUUACUAGACAAGUAUUUAAUUCAUCUAAUAAACCUCAUCUGGCACUUGUAGCAAAUAAAUGUGAUCUAGAACAUAUGCGAGCUGUUAAAUUAGACAAACAUUUAAAAUUUGCUCAAGAUAAUGGUAUGUCUUCUCAUGCUGUAUCUGCUAAAUCAGGAGAUUCAGUUGCAUUAUGUUUUCAAAAAAUAGCAGCGGAGUUACUGGGUAUUAGAUUGUCCCGUUCCGAACAAGAAACCGUUCAACCCGUAGUCAAAGCAGAAAUUGUCCAACCUCUUAGUGCUUCAGAAGCUCAGCGUCGUGCUAUUAAUCAGCCAAUCAAAACUACUAUAUGCAGAUUGCAAUAAGUAAAAUGUGAUAAUUUUUUAUAAAUAAAUGAACAAAAACAAAUAUAUUUCAAUAAAGAAAGAAAGAAAUUAUUUUAGGUUUGAUUAAUUUAAGCUUUACAAAUAUUUAUUAUUGCAUACAAUCUUUUCAUUACUGUUACAUAUUGAAUGUAUUAAAUAUUAUUUUAA